AUGGCCGCUACCAGAACCGAGACCGACGCCUUUGGCGAGAUUCAGGUCCCCGCGGACAAGUACUGGGGUGCUCAGACCGAGAGGUCCCUCGAGAACUUCCGUAUUAACCAGCCCCAGGACCGGAUGCCUUUCCCUAUAAUCAGGGCUUUCGGUAUCCUUAAGGGAGCUGCUGCUGCCGUCAAUGUGCGAUUUGGGCUGGACCCCAAGAUUGCUCAGGCCAUCCAGCAGGCCGCCGCUGAGGUUGCCGAAGGCAAGCUCAACGACCACUUCCCCCUUGUCGUCUGGCAGACUGGUUCUGGUACCCAGUCCAACAUGAACGCCAACGAGGUCAUUUCCAACCGUGCCAUUGAGAUCCUCGGCGGCCAGAUGGGCAGCAAGAAGCCCGUCCACCCCAACGACCACGUCAACCGAAGCGCCUCCUCCAACGAUACCUUCCCCACCGUCAUGCACAUUGCCGGUGUCCUCGAGCUCGAGGGCGACCUCAUCCCCGCCCUCAAGAGCCUCCGCGACGCUCUCCAGAAGAAGGUUGACGAAUUCGAGGCCAAGAACAUAAUCAAGAUCGGCCGCACUCACCUUCAGGACGCCACCCCUUUGACUCUCGCCCAGGAGUUCUCCGGCUACGUCGCCCAGCUCGACUCUAGCAUCAAGCGCGUCGAGUCCUCCCUCCCCGACCUCAGGCUCCUCGCCCAGGGUGGUACCGCCGUCGGCACCGGCAUCAACACCUUCGAGGGCUUCGCCGAGGCCAUCGCUGAAGAGGUGUCCAAGAUGACCGGCACCGAGUUCAAGACGGCCCCCAACAAGUUCGAGGUCCUAGCCGCUCACGACGCUAUCGUCCAGGCCCACGGCAGCCUCAACACCCUCGCCGCCGUGCUCACCAAGAUUGCUCAGGACAUCCGAUACCUCGGUAGCGGACCCCGUUGCGGUCUCGGCGAGCUCGUCCUCCCCGAGAACGAGCCCGGCAGCAGCAUCAUGCCUGGCAAGGUCAACCCCACUCAGUGCGAGGCCUUGACCAUGGUGUGCGCCCAGGUCAUGGGCAACAACGUUGCGACUAGCAUUGGCGGCAUGAACGGCCAGUUCGAGCUCAACGUUUACAAGCCCCUGAUGAUCAGGAACUUGCUCCACAGCAUUAGGAUCCUCUCGGAUGGCAUGCGCUCGUUCGAGAAGAACCUUGUUGUUGGUCUCCAGGCUAACGAGGAGAAGAUUGCCAGCAUCAUGAAGGAAUCUCUCAUGCUCGUCACCUGCCUUAACCCCAAGAUCGGCUACGACAUGGCCUCCAAGGUUGCCAAGAACGCUCACAAGAAGGGUCUCACCCUCAAGCAGAGCGCUCUCGAGCUCAACGCCCUCACCGAGGAGGAGUUCGAUACCCUUGUCCGACCCGAACUCAUGAUCGGCCCUAAGCCCUACAAGAUUUAG